GACGACCGCGGCUGGGCCUCGGCCCGCGCCACCCGCGCCCGCGCGGAGCGGCCCGGCGGGCCCACGCAGCCGAUGGCGGCGGCCGCGGCGGCGCUCUCGGGCGCGGGCCCCCCACCCGCGGGCGGCGGCGGGGCCGGGGGCGGCGGGUCCCCGCCGGGCGGCUGGGCCGUGGCGCGGCUCGAGGGCCGCGAGUUCGAGUACCUGAUGAAGAAGCGCUCGGUGACCAUCGGGCGCAACUCGUCGCAGGGCUCGGUGGACGUGAGCAUGGGCCACUCGAGCUUCAUCUCCCGGCGCCACCUCGAGAUCUUCACGCCCCCGGGCGGCGGCGGCCAUGGCGGGGCCGCCCCGGAGCCGCCCGCGCAGCCCAGGCCCGACGCGGGCGCGGGCGGCGACUUCUACCUGCGCUGCCUCGGCAAGAACGGCGUGUUCGUGGACGGCGUGUUCCAGAGGCGCGGGGCGCCGCCGCUGCAGCUGCCGCGCGUGUGUACAUUCAGGUUCCCGAGCACAAACAUCAAGAUCACGUUCACUGCCCUGUCCAGCGAGAAGAGAGAGAAGCAGGAGGCGCCCGAGUCCCCGGUGAAGCCCGUGCAGCCGCACAUCUCGCCCCUGACCAUCAACAUUCCAGACACCAUGGCCCACCUCAUCAGCCCCCUGCCGUCCCCGACGGGGACCAUCAGCGCCGCCAACUCCUGCCCGUCCAGCCCCCGGGGAGCGGGGUCUUCAGGGUACAAAAUGGGCCGUGUGAUGCCCUCUGACCUCAAUUUGAUGACUGACAACUCGCAGCCAGAAAAUGAGAAGGAAGCUUCAGGUGGAGACAGCCCAAAGGAUGACUCAAAGCCACCUUAUUCCUAUGCACAGCUGAUAGUGCAAGCGAUCACCAUGGCUCCCGAUAAGCAGCUCACCCUCAAUGGAAUCUACACCCACAUCACAAAGAAUUACCCCUACUACAGGACUGCGGACAAGGGCUGGCAGAAUUCGAUUCGCCACAAUCUCUCUCUGAAUCGCUAUUUCAUCAAAGUGCCGCGUUCCCAGGAAGAGCCUGGCAAAGGCUCCUUCUGGAGGAUAGACCCCGCCUCCGAGAGCAAGCUGGUGGAGCAGGCCUUCCGGAAGAGGCGGCCGCGCGGCGUGCCCUGCUUCCGGACGCCGCUGGGACCGCUGUCCUCCAGGAGUGCACCGGCCUCCCCCAACCACGCUGGAGUGCUGUCUGCCCACUCCAGCGGCGCCCAGACCCCCGAGAGCCUGUCAAGGGAAGGCUCGCCGGCCCCCCUGGAGCCUGAGCCCGGCACCUCCCAGCCCAAACUCGCCGUCAUCCAGGAAGCCCGGUUUGCCCAGAGUGCACCAGGCUCACCUCUGUCCAGCCAGCCGGUCCUGAUCACCGUGCAGCGGCAGCUGCCGCAGGCGGUCAAGCCUGUCACCUACACCGUGGCCGCCCCGGUGACCACCUCCCCCUCCCAGCCGCCCGUCGUGCAGACGGUUCACGUCGUGCACCAGAUCCCCGCGGUGUCCGUCACCAGUGUGGCUGCGCUGGCCCCGGCGAGCACACACACUGUCGCUGGGCAGGCUGUGGUCACUCAGGCAGCUGUGCUGGCUCCUCCUCAAGCAGAGCCGCAGGAGAACGGAGACCACGGCGAGGCGAAAGUGAAAGUAGAGCCCCUUCCCGCCAUCAGCCACGCCGCGCUGGGCUCCGCCGGCCGCAUCGCGCAGACGCCGCAGGCCGCGCCCGUGCAGACCGUCACCCUCCUACAGCAGGCUCCUCUCGGGCAACACCAGCUGCCGAUCAAAACGGUCACGCAGAAUGGGACACACGUGGUCCCGCUCCCCACGGCGGUCCACGGCCAGGUGAACAACGCAGCAGCCGCGAGCCCUUUACACAUGCUGGCGACCCACGCCUCCGCCUCCGCCUCCCUGCCCACCAAGCGCCAGAACGGCGGCCAGGCGGAGCAGCCGGAGCUGAAGCGGAUCAAGACGGAAGACGGAGGCGACGGCAUCGUCAUUGCGCUGAGCGUGGACACGCCCCCCGCGGCCGGCAGGGAGAAGGGCUUGCAGAACUAGGGCUGGCGCGCCUCUCACUGUAGAAAUCAACUUCCUGGUGCCAAAAGGAGACGCUGCCUCCCGCCGGAGCGCACCCUCCCCAGUGGUAGAGGCCCUGUGGUUGACUGCACUCAGCGCUGAACACAGAACCCGGGUGGCCUUAGAGACACGUCACAUUGAACAAACCCACACCACAGCCCGGUUCCGGGACCGUGUCUCCUGCCGGGCGUCUGCCAGGCUGCUGCCUCUGGGCCCAGCUUUUACCUACGAGCGCGAACUCGGGUCCUGCCCAAGACCGCGCGGCUCCGUGAGGAUGGCGCGGUGCGCGCCCGGUGCACGCGGAGCUCCCAGGACUGGGCCCUCCUCCAGGGGCGGGCGGGAGCCACCCCUGCCCUCCCAGGACCCGCCGGCUGGCGCUGGGAGACAGAACAGUGUUUUGUUGUCCACACGUGGAACGGCCUGGAGUUGACCCUCCUUACAGAGUCGCGGGUCUGACAUUUCACAGCACUCCAUUUCUACCCGAAGUUCCGGAGCCACACCCCCUUGUGUGGGUUUCUGUUUUCUGCCCACGGGAUGAGUUCCGACGGGGCCACCCUUCCAGAGCUCUGCCGAGAGCCCGUGUCGGACGGACAGACGGACAGACGCCGCGGCUGCAUGUGACCAGAGAACCCAGGGAGGAGCGGCGACGGCGAGGCCGGCCAGGACGUGUCUGCUCCUCCUGUUCCUUCCUGGCUGGUUUGUUACUUGUUUCUUUAUGUUGACUUUGUCCCUGGCAUAAUUUCCCACUGAGUAAAACCAGUCUCUGCAGCGUUGUGUUCGGUGAACAGCAGGGCCCUCCCCGGCCAAGGCCGCACUCCUCGGGGGCUCUGGGGCCCAGGUGUGCUCACGGCCCCGUCGCUCUGGUUACCACGAGGGUCCUAGGAGCACGCAGCCUCGGAGGGGUGCUGGACACGCAGAGGCCGCCUUGGGUCAGCUGGAUGUCGCCGCGUGUCCUCCAGAAGGGGCACGGAGCCGGGGGCGAGGGGCUGAGGGGCCCGGCCCCGUCGGGAAGGAAGCGCCUCCCCAGGGGCUCCAGGGGCUCCAGGGGCUCCAGGGGCAGGGCCGAGCAGCCAACAGGAGGGCUUCAGCCUUAGUGUGAGCUUUUAAAUGUCAUCAUCAUAACGUUAUUUAUUGAAAUGUAGUUAUUUUGGUAUUUAAAUUUUUUUUUUAAAGAGGAAAAAAAAUACCUGUAUUUUCCUGGUGGAAUGAAACAGCUCAGAAUGGUAUAUUUAGGCAAUUUUUAAACAUUUAUUAUUUACAUAAAGACCAAAUAUAAAUCUGUUCUAAGUAUUGUGUGUCAAUCCACAGUCUGGAGCUGUCACAAUGUUACUGCAGAUACUGCAUAUUAAAAAUUCUGAAAUUACUGCACACUAGCUGGAUUCAUAACUCAGCCAUUUAAAAAUAAAAACGAAACCAUCCUGUGAAUGAGACAACGUGUGUGACAGGGGCCAGGUCUGCCUCCCAAACCCCACGGACCUGGGGGCCGGGAGCCCCUGGGCUGCGUCCACGCCCCGGGUGCUCGCGGUUUGGCUUGUGCCGGCCCUGGGAGUGGGGCCAGGUCACCGCACACAGGUGCAGGGCAGCAGCCGGCCCUCCCCCCACGGCUGCGGCACGUCCCGCCCUGUGUGUGGUGCCACCGGAGACCCGGGCGGUGCCCCCAGCGCGGGCUCAGCCUAUGAGCUGCUUGCUGCUGAGCCUAAAACACAACCUUGAGGGUCUGGAAGAGUUCCUUUGGGAUCGAAGGUAAGGAAACACCAGCUCCAGUUCUAAAGGAAAAGCACCCGCUCUCCGCGCCAGCGAGAGGCACGCACGCUCCCUGCUCCCGCUGCCACGCUCACCAGCAGGCGUCAGGACGGCAGGAGAGGGCGGAAACACGGCCGCGGUUAGGAGCCGCCUGGCCCGGUUUCCGUCUCCCUCCAAGGCGCCGUGUUUCACCUGUGCACUUAGCGCUGAGCCCCCUCCCAGCAGGGUCGCCCGUGUGGCUGCAGCCCCCGCCCCGACCGCAGUCCACUCCCUGGCCCCUGCCGGGGGUCCUCGGCGUCCGUCUGUCUCAGUCUUGCCGAACCUCUGAGCUCCCUCAGGGACUAGAACCAGAGCAGCUGUGCCUGAGCCACAGUCCAGCCGCCAGGCGUGCGCCACGUGUGCCGGCUCGGUCUCCACGCUGUGCACAGGAGACACAUGGCAGACCUGGAGUUCUGACUUCCACUGUUAGAAAGCAGAGUGGUGGUUUGUGUGCAAAGAUUGGAAAUUUUAAAAAUUACUGAGUCCUGAAAUUCAAUAAAAUAUUUUUACUAAUUUUCAUUGAA